UCUUGUCCAACCAAGAGAAGGGGAAAAAAAAAAAAUUAAGCCGAGCCUGAGAAGCUUAAUUCUUGGCUUGGCGUAGUUUGUCUGUAAGUGGAUGCUAUGUAAUUAUAUAUAUAUAUCGUUCCUUCACGUGAAGAAGAUAGCGAGAGAUCCAUUCGCUCGAGGCACAUAAAUAUAAUCGCUCCUGUUGGGGAAUAGCUCUAUCCGCGAGCAAUGGCUGAGGGUGGAAAGGAGGAGAAGAAGAAGAGAAAGCAGGGAGGUCUCCGGACCAUGCCAUUUAUACUAGCAAAUGAAUUCUGCGAUCGAUUCGCCGCCACCGGAUUCAAUGCCAAUAUGAUCACAUACUUAAUGCAGCAGCUCCACAUGCCCAUGGUUCAGGCCUCCAACACCCUUACCAACUUCAAUGGCACCUCGAGCUUUACACCGAUCAUCGGUGCUCUGAUCGCCGAUUCCUUCGCAGGUCGCUUCUGGACCAUAACUGUUGGAUCCAUCAGCUUCCUGUUUGGAAUGAUUGGUCUCACCAUAGCAGCAGUCCUCCCGGGGCUCCGCCCGCCACCCUGCUCUCCUCCUUACAAACCAACAUGCAAACAGGCAUCCCCACAGCAGCUCUUGGUCCUCUACAUGUCUCUCCUCUUCACAUCCAUCGGCUCUGGCGGCAUCCGGCCUUGCGUCAUGGCCUUUGGGGCUGACCAGUUCGACCUUCAUCGUCCCCGGCAUGCCGCGGGACGAAAGUGGAACUUCUUCAACCUCUACUUCUUUAGCAUGGCGUUGGCUUUGCUCUUGGCAUUGACAGUGGUGGUGUAUGUCCAGGAGAAUGUGGGCUGGGGAUGGGGCUUCGGCAUCCCUGCCAUUGCCAUGUUCUUCUCUGUGGUGGCCUUUGUGAUAGGCUAUCCUCUGUACAUUAGGCUGAAGCCAGGAGGAAGCCCAUUGAUCAGGUUGACCCAGGUACUGGUCGCUGCCUUCAGGAAGAGAAAGGUCGUCAAGCCUGGUGAUCCUAGUCUCCUCUAUGAGAACAACGAGCUGGAUGCUGGUAUCUCCACCACUGGGAGGCUGCUCCACACCAACCAGCUAGUGUUCUUCGAUCGAGCUGCCAUCAUGAUGGAGGGUGAUAUGCUAAUUAGCUCAGGCCAGCCAAGGCUUUGGAGAGUAUCGACAGUCCACCGAGUCGAGGAGCUUAAAUCGAUCAUUCGGAUGAUCCCCAUUUGGGCUGUCGGAAUCCUGCUUGUAGCUGCGAACUCACACAACCACACAUUCGCAAUUCAACAAGCAAGGUCGAUGGACCGCCACCUCACUGCCCGAUUCCAAAUCCCACCAGCAUCCAUGAACGUCUUCUCGGCCCUCUCCAUGCUUCUCGGCCUAGCUUUCUACGACCGAGUGUUCGUCCCAGUGGCCCGUCGAGUCACCAAGAGGCCUUCAGGGAUUACAUACCUGCAGCGCAUGGGCAUUGGUCUGGCCAUUGCUAUCUUUGCAACUGUGGCUGCAGCUCUCGUUGAGAUCAAGCGCAAGGCAGUCGCCUCCGAUCACGGGCUGUUAGACAAGCAAAAGGUGACCGUGCCGAUCAGUGUCUUCUGGUUGAUGCCUCAGUUUGCUAUUCAUGGCUUGGCUGAAGCCUUCAUGUCAGUGGGGCACAUGGAGUUUCUCUAUGAUCAAGCUCCAGAGAGCAUGAGAAGCACAGCGGCAGCUCUAUACUGGCUUGCUGUAUCAAUUGGGAACUAUAUGGGAACUUUGUUGGUGACUCUAGUUCACAACUUUACUGAGAAGAAGGGAGAUUGGCUCCAGAACAACAUCAAUAGGGGGAAGUUGAAUGACUAUUACUGGCUUAUGUCUGGAUUACAAGUGCUUAAUCUUAUAUACUAUAUCGUUUGUGCAAAGUUCUAUACUUUUAAGCCGCUGGAAGCGGCGAAGGCUGAAAAUCCUUCCAAGGUUGUGGUUGAGGAAGUCAGUGUUCGAGAGACAGAAUUCGCCACUGUGGUGACUAGAGAUGCCAAGGAUGCAGGCAAUUAAUUUGACACAGUUGUAGGUAGGCAUUCUGACCCUCCAUGGGCGAACCUUAUUGCUGUUGGUGUAACUCUUGUAUCUGAAUUUUGUCAACAUUACAAGGAGAGUAGUAAUAAAUCUUAUUCAUCCUGAUUUUCUUUCA